AUGGAGAGCUACUAUGACAAGAUAUACACUUCAUAUGCACUGGGAGGGUCACUGGUACCAAGAUGGACAAAGGCUCCAGGUGUACAAAGAAAGUGUCGUUUGGAGAUGAGUAGUGCUGAUGAAAACUGCAGAGUCUUUCCCCGUGUAAGAGUUCUUCUCACGGCAGAGCUUCACGUUGAUUGA